AUGCGAAACGCACCGCGGGUAGCUUCUCUUUGCACUAAAGAGGAAGAAAAAGGGAUCGUUGAUAUUCGUCUCAAACUGCAGAACACCCUCAAAACAGAGCUAGGCAACCUCACUGACGUCACAGUUAGGGGACGAUGUGAAAGGGCACUCUCCGUCAAUAAUAAAACAAGAAGUGCUUCAUGCAAAGAAGACUGCAGCGACGAUGAUUUGAUAGCUACACAUCGCUUCUAUAUUGCAUUUGAAAACAGUAACUGUAACGACUACAUUACGGAAAAGUUCUUCUACCGGGUUUCGCAGUUACUUGUACCGGUUGUGUUUAAAAGACGAAUCUAUGAAGAUGCAGGCAUUCCACCACACUCAUUCAUUGCGGUAGAUGAUUACAAAUCACUGAAAGAUUUGGCGAGAUACUUGGACUUCUUGCUCAAAAACGACACCGAGUAUCUGAGGUACUUCGAAUGGACCGAACAUUUUCGGAGGCCAGACAAAUAUGAAAGCAAUGCACUAUGCAAACUGUGCGAAGACAUCUACAAUGGUGAGACGGUAGAGGUGCACGACAUCAAGAAGUACUAUGAAGCAAAUCAGUGUAUCUAG